GCGGGAGAGGAGACCUCCAUGGCGGGCUGUGGCCAUGCAUGCAUGCACCAACCAACUCUAGCUAGCCAGCAUUCGCCAUUCCCCAUCUUCUUCUUCCUCGGACCUCUACCUCCCUUCCAUCCUCCCCCAAGGCCGUCUCCCAGGUAGGUGGUGGUGCAGGGGCGCUCGCCCGGCCGCCGUUGCCCCUAGCCAGCCGGCGAUCUAUCUACUAAAUAAGGCGACGAAGACGACCACCGUCACAUGUCCGCCGCCGCGCCGAGCAGCGCCGCCGCCGCGGCGGCGGAUGGCGCCUCGUCGACCCCGCGCGCGUCCGGCAUGGCGUCGUCGGCGUCGCUUCGGCACCGCGCCAUGAGCGCCUCCUCCAAGAUGCUCCGGAGCUCCAUGAGCCGCCGGUCCGGCCGGCAGCGCAGCAGCAAGGUGAUGUCCGUGGCCAUCGAGGACGUGCGCGACGCCGAGGAGAUGGCCUCCGUCGACGCCUUCCGGCAGACCCUCGUCCUCGAGGAGCUCCUCCCGGCGCGCCACGACGACUACCACAUGAUGCUCCGGUUCCUCAAGGCCCGCAAGUUCGAGAUCGACAAGUCCAAGCAGAUGUGGUCCGACAUGCUCCAGUGGCGCAAGGAGUUCGGCACAGAUACCAUCAUGGACGAUUUCGUGUUCGAGGAGGUCGACCAGGUGCUGGAGCACUACCCACAGGGGCACCACGGGGUAGACAAGGACGGGCGGCCGAUCUACAUGGAGAAGCUGGGCUCCAUCGACACCACCAAGCUAUUGCAGGUCACCAGCAUGGACCGGUACGUCCAGUACCACGUCAGGGAGUUCGAGAGGGCCUUCGCCGUCAAGUUCCCGGCAUGCUCCAUCGCUGCCAAGCGCCAUGUCGACCAGAGCACCACCAUCCUCGACGUCUCCGGAGUGGGGUACAAAAACUUCAACAAGGCCGCGAGAGAUCUCAUCGGCCGCCUCCAAAAGGUUGAUGGGGAUAACUAUCCUGAGACACUAUGCCGAAUGUUCAUCAUCAAUGCCGGACAGGGGUUCAGGCUCCUGUGGAACACCGUCAAGUCCUUCCUUGAUCCCAAGACCACGGCCAAGAUCCAUGUCCUUGGCAACAAGUACCAGCCGAAGCUCCUGGAAGUCAUUGAUCCCAGUGAAUUGCCUGAUUUCCUCGGAGGCACCUGCGUAUGCGAAGGCGGUUGCAUGCGCUCUGACAAAGGGCCGUGGAAGGACCCUGAAAUCCUAAAGAUGGUGCAAUGUGGAAUGGGGAGAUGCGGAAUGAACAGCUCGGACCCUGUCAGUGCCGAGGAGAAGAUUGUCACCGAAGACGACACCAUGCCAGUUAUAAAGAAGCAAGAUUCGAUGAGACGUGAUGCCGUCGACUCUCCCAAGGUGGCGCGUGACAAGAUCGAACACCCGCCGCAGAUGUCUCCCCUGCAUGAGAUGUCAACUUCAGAGCCAAAGGCUGCUCCUUCUGGCAAAGAGGGAGGCUCCGGGCCUUACGACAACGUGUUCCCCAUGGUGGACAAGAACAUGGAGUUCAACUGGAACGGCGAGGUCAGCCCCGAGAAGCUCGCGCUCGCCAGAGAUAUGUACGCAUCGCUGCCGGACGCGUACAAGCACGGCGAUGCGGGGGACCGGCAGGCGGUGACGGGGAUCAUGGCGUUCGUGAUGGGGGUGGUGGCCAUGUUCCGGGUGGGCAAGAUCGCGCCGAAGCGGGCUAUGGACGCCGCCAUGGGCAUCGCCACCAUGGAGGCCAUGGCCAAGAACCGCAAGCUCCUGCAGGCCCAGCAGGGCGGGCACGGUGACGGCGGGCACGGGCCGGCGGUGGUGGCGGUGUCGGCGGCGCAGUUUGAGGCGCUGGUGAAGCGGGUGGGUGACCUGGAGGAGAAGGUGGCUGCAUUCAGCUCCCGGCCCCCUGAGAUGCCCGCCGACAAGGCAGAGCUGCUCGCCGCCGCUGCCACCAGGCUCGAUGCUCUCGAGGCCGAGCUUGAGACCACCAAGAAGGAUCUGGAGACGUCGAAAGGGCAGCAGGAGGAGGUGCUGGCGUACAUCGAGAAGAAAAAGAAGAAGAAAGGGAUGUUUUGUCUUCAACAGCAGAACCCGUUCCGUUGGUGAAGAAAAGCUUGAUGAUGGCACCACCGCCGACCCCUGGAGGAGGAAUCGAGCAAGAAGCAGUGACUACGCAAAGAAAGGAAAGAAAUUCGUAGCAAAAAUGGAUACAUACCAUCUGGAAUGCCGAGACAGAAUGUACCACAUUAGGCCCCAUUGGAACACAAGAUUUUGUUUUAUUUUUACUUCGGUGCAGAGAAUGAGCUGUUCAUGUGAAAUUAGUUGCAGUGUUCCAAGCAGGCAGGUCCUAGCUAGUAGGCCGAUCCCUUGACGAAACGUAUUUAUAUGUGGGUAUAGAAUGUAAAAUAUUUGUCUAAUUGUAUUUGAAAAACUCAGCUCACUUAAAGUUUGUGAAACCUGCUGUUAGGACCCCCC